GAAUGGCCCAAUUUCAUCCGAAAGUUGGUCAGCUAGUUACCCUGAAUAAUGAUAGAAAAACAGCUCAAAGAAGUCAUCCAUCGCAAGAAUUCAAUAAUGGGGUUGUUCUCAGUGCAGAAGCCUUGCGAGAUAACCAGCUUUUUGAAGUCAAAAUCGAUAGAAAAGUUAAUUCAUGGAGUGGCUCAAUAGAGAUUGGAGUAACAACUGCAGAUCCUGAGAACACAGCACUACCAACAAGUGCUACUGGCUUUAGGGAGGGGACAUGGGUUAUGUCUGGCAGUAAUAUACUAAAGGAUGGACACACUGUUGUAGAGGAGUAUGGCAAAGAUCUGGAUCAACUUAAUGAAGGAGAUAAAAUUGGAGUAAUGAGAAAUAAUCAAGGUUCACUUCAUUUCUAUGUAAAUGGUAGAGAUCAAGGCCAGGCUGCAGCCAACAUCCCCUCCAAGGUCUAUGCAGUGAUAGAUAUGUAUGGCAAGUGUGCCCAGGUUACCAUAGUAGAUGAUAGCACAAGAGAUAUAAUCAUAUCCAAUGAAAUUACAAAUGAGGCAAUCGCUGAGGCUAGCUACAUCCAUUCUAAUGAGACCCUUGUGUUCCAUGAACGAGUGGGUAGUCUAGUUAAACUCUCUAAUAAUCGUAGAACAGCCGAGAGGAGACGACCUCUUGAUGAGUUCAACAAUGGAGUUGUAAUGACCAAUAGACCAAUCAGAGAUGAUGAAAUAUUUGAGAUUCGCUUAGAUAGACUUGUCGAUAAGUGGUCUGGUUCAAUAGAAGUUGGGAUCACAACACACAAUCCAUCGAAUCUGGAUUUUCCUGCAACAAUGACCAACAUGAGGUCUGGUUCUUCUAUUGGUACUAUUAUGAUGAGUGGUUGUGGUAUAUUGACCAAUGGCAAGGGGACCAGGAGGGAGUAUGGACAGUUCAACUUGGAUGAACUAAGUGAAGGAGACAGGAUUGGAAUGAUUCGAAAAAGUAGCGGAGCACUUCAUUUCUUCAUCAAUGGGGUUGACCAAGGAGUUGCAGCAACGCGUACACCACAACUUGUUUGGGGAGUAAUAGAUCUUUAUGGAAUGGCAGUUAAAGUCACUAUUCUGAAUAGGAAUGAUGCAAGGGUACCUCCAUUGAGUGUCCCAGAAAGGUUGGACAGGCGGGUGAACAAUCUCUUGAGGCAAAUGCAGGACUUUAGAGAGCUUGAAGAAGAAAAUGACUGCAGUGCUGAGAGUGUUGAGACAGAGAAGUUACAGUUCCACUCUAAGUGUGGCACCCAUGCUGUUGUCAUCAAUGGUCAGAGAACAGCAUCAAGGCCAAACGCAAAAGAUGAGUUUAACAAUGGAGUUGUGAUGACAAACAGACCUCUGAAGCCUGGGGAACUAUUUGAGGUGCGCAUAGACAAGAUGGUGGACAAGUGGGCAGGAUCUGUUGAACUAGGUAUGACGACACACUCACCUCUGAACCUUGAGUUCCCUUCGACCAUGACCAACAUUAGAUCCGGGACCUGGAUGUUAACUGGCAAUGGAGUCAUGCACAAUGGAACAACCAUACUGGAUGAAUACUGCCCUAAACUUGACAAAAUAAAGGUUGGGGAUAUUUUAGCUGCAUUACGUAAAGAUAAUGGUGACCUGCAUUUUAUGCUGAAUGGUGUUGAUCAGGGCCUUGCAGCCUCUAGUCUACCUCCUAAUGUGUAUGGAGUACUAGAUCUUUAUGGACAGGUGGCUCAGGCUACCCUAGUGGACCAGGAUGAAGAUGUACGAGAUGGAGAUAGGAUGAGACCAGUAGGGGAGGAUGACUUGUUGUUUCACUCUUUACAUGGCCACAAUGCGGAGAUUGUCAACAGGGGAAAGACAGCAGUAAGACCUAAUGCUUAUGGCGAAUUUAAUGAUGCAAUAGUUAUGAGCAAUAGACCCCUCAGAGAUAAUGAACUUUUUGAAGUUAGAAUAGACAAAAUGGUGGAUCGAUGGUCAGGCUCAAUUGAAGUUGGCCUGUCAUUAGUGAAACCUGAGGACUUGGACUUCCCAAGUACUAUGACUGACAUUGACUUUGACACUUGGAUGUUAAGUGGGUCAGCUGUGAUGCAGGAUGGGUCCACAAUACGUAAUGGUUAUACAGUAGAUCUAGAUGGCCUCACUACAGGCUCAAGGAUAGGAAUGAUGAGAAAGGAUGAUGCCUCAUUACAUUUCUUUGUAGAUGGCCAGGAACAUGGUGUAGCAUGCUCUGAUAUACCAGCAGGCAUGUUUGCUGUUAUUGACCUGUAUGGUCAGUGUGCCCAGGUGACCAUAACUCAGGGGUCUGGGGUUCAAACUGAAAACAAUCUAGUCAAAGAAGAGGUGAACAGUUUGUAUUCUAAUUCUUGCACAGUUGCCACUGAGGUGAGCCAUAAGUUCUCUCAGUGCUGUGGAAAGAAUAUUACAUUAAAGAAUAACAAUUGCGUAGCAACCAGGGGCCGCAACUUUAACCAUGGAAUACUCUUUAGUUGUGACCCCCUUAGAUCUGAUGAAAUAUUUGAGGUGCAUAUAGAUGAGUGUGUUAAACAAUGGAGUGGCUCAUUGAUGGUAGGGCUGACUACCAUGGUGUUGACAGACAGUACCAAUUCCCUACUCCCAGCCUCUGCUAGUGGCCUCCAAACCAAGUCAACUUGGCUGGUAUCUGGCUCUACUGUCAAGAAGAAUGGAGUUGUCUUGAAGGAAAACUAUGCUCCAUCACUAGAAAGAUUGGAGCGUGGUAAUCGCGUAGGCAUCAGGUGGAGUAAUGAUGGCUGUAUGCACGUGUUGAUCAAUGGGGAAGAUAUGGGGGUGGCCGCCACUAAUGUGCCAAAGAAUACAUUUGCAGUAAUAGAUCUCUAUGGUAGUGUAGAAACAGUCAGUGUGUGCAGUAAGACUUUGAGGAGAGAAGUAGAGCGACAUCCUUCUUCACAUGCUCUCCUCUCUACCCACCCAUCUUUGGAUGAUGGGGACAAAGAUGAGGAUGUUGCAGAGAGUCAGAAGUUAUCAUUUGCAUCAAACCAUGGCAAGAACAUAGAACUAACUGGGCAUGGGAUCACUGCACAUAGGACAGAUAGUUAUAAUCAAGGAAUUGUACUUACUCAUAAACCAUUGCCAAGGAAACAUUUAUUUCAAGUUACAAUAGAGAAACUAGCAACAAAUUGGACCGACUCAAUAAUGAUAGGGGUGCUAGGAUACAGUCCUGAGAGAUUGCCCCUACCUACUUCAGCAUUGAAUCUAAAAAAGCAUGCAUGGGUCAUACAUAACAGUGCAGUAUUUCAUGCAGGUGUCAAGGUGAAGGAGAAUUAUGGGCCUGGUCUAUCCAACCUCAGUGUUGGUCAUAAGGUUGGAGUACAGAUAGAGCCUGACAAUACACUCCAUCUAUAUGUAAAUGGAGUUGACCAAGGGAUAGCUGCUAUAGAUAUUCCACACAAAUGCUACGCCAUUGUUGACCUCUAUGGGAAAUGUAAACAGGUGACUGUAGUUGAUGACUCCAGUAGGCUAGAAUCUCAACACAGUGACCAGAAGGAGAAAGUUUUUAUAGAAGAUGGAAUGAAAGAAAAGCUUUGGCAGAAGCUUGAGCCUGCCUGUGUAAAGAACUGUGAUUACAAGAACCUGUGUACCCGACUGAAACAAUCUCUCGGCCUACCUGAUGAGUACUUCAUAGCUGACCAGGCCAUCUGCUAUUGCGAUACUUGCCAUAAAAUAAGACACGAUGACCCAUAUAUGAAGAUAGGGGACCCACCUAAAGAGUUUGCUACUCCAUACGGCUGGUGUAAAUUCACGUUAAAAUUGAGGCCAAAAGCGCAAAGCUUGAAUGUACAAGAGAAGUGGCACCUGGCAUAUCAUGGGACGCACAUAGAUAAAGUUAGGCGUAUACUUGAUAGUGGAGAACUUAUAAUGCCAGGUCUAAGUGAGCCAGAAUCAUUCUCACUGCUCAGUACAAGUGGCAGUAGAAAGCCAGAAGAAUGUGAUGUGUCACCCAUCUGUCUCUCUCCCUCUGUAAGAUAUGGAUGCUCUUCAACAUUUGCACCACAAUAUGAACAUAGAGACAUUUGCACAAGGAAGUCCUACUGUGCUACCCUUGCUUUUCAAGCUUAUAUCAAGCCUGGUUCAUAUAAGACAGGCCCACAGACACUAGGCUUGCACCAGCAGAUAGACCCUAGAUUCACAAACAAUGAGGUUGAGUGGAGUACAAAGGAGGAGGGUGCCAUAGCUCUACAUGCUCUACUUGUCAAAUUGGAAUAAAAUAGUAUAUUGGACGAGAUAUUGAAUGGAAAUUUGUUAUUGAAUUUUUGAGUGCAUUAUGAAUGAAAAUGUAUAACAUAUCGGAGGGAACGAGUUAUCAGUGUAUGUUGAUAUACAUACAGGACUUGAGCUAAAGGCUGUUCCACUGGUCAUUUGCCAAAUCACUUUUGAUAUGGACCAUUUUGA